AGCGAGAAUUAAGACGACUUUCGAGUAGUAAGACGUAUAAAAGCAACAGGGUCUAGAAGCGUCUUAUGUUGAUCUGCCGAGUGACUAGGACAGGCAAGCCCCAUACUAUUGUGGAGGACUUAAUUCUUCCUGCUGCCGUGGAUAUGGCUGGGGGAAAAGGGCCAAAAAACUAUACAGACAAUGUCUUCAUCAAACAACACUUUUUCACGACGCAUCAGUGACAUGGCAGGAGAUGUUUUGAAGCAAUUACUGCAUCGCAUACAAGGCAAUGAAUUAUAUGCGUUACAGCUGGAUGAGUCAACAGACUUGGCGGGCCUGGCACAGCUCCUGGUAUAUGUCCGUAACAUUUAUGGGGGGUCGAUUAAGGAAGACUUCCUCUUCUGCAAACCACUGGAAACCAGGACACCCGGAGAGGAUAUUUUUAAAGUACUGGACAGCUUUGUGACAUCAAAUGGAUGUGUUGGUAUCUGUACUGAUGGUGCAAAAUCCAUGACAGGAAGACAUAGUGGAGUGGUAACGCACGUGCAAGCAGUUGUUUCCGAUGCCACUUGGGUACUCUGCAGCAUCCACCGAGAGGCUCUUGCUGCCAAGGGAAUGCCUGACCGCUUGAAAGACGUUUUGUACACUACAUUGAAAAUGGUUAACUAUGUUAAAGCAAGGCCCCUGAACUCUUGUGUGUUUUCUGCACUACGCGAUGAUAUGGGUAGCAACCAUGUAACGCUUUUACAACAAUCAGAAGUGCGCUGGUUUACAAGGGGCAAAGUAUUGAUGUGUUUUUUUUAAUUGAGAGCUGAGCUUAACGUUUUCUUUACUGACCAUAUUUUUCACUUGUCUGACCACUUGCAUGAUGACAAGUUUCUCACACAACUGGUCUAUCUGUGUGAUGUUUUUUCUCGCCUGAAUGAUCUGCUUCUAGGAUUACAGGGACUCUCCCCAACUAUAUUCAAUGUACGGGACAAAAUUGAGGCUGUGAUUAAGAAGUUGGAGCUCUUUUCUGUCUGUAUUAACAAGGACAACACACAGGUCUUUCCAUCAUUGUAUGCUUUUUUGUGUGCAAAUGAACUCAAGCUUACGGACAAUGUCAAAUGUAAUAUAGCAAAGCUUCUGGGUGGUGAUUCUCACAGUGAAGCGAGCCACAGGCACCUUCUCACUGAUAGGAUGCUUUUUCAUGCUGUUUGUAAUCUGGCUUCUCCGCCGGUAUCACUCCUUGGCCCAGUGAAAAGUCUUUCUACACCUGUGAAUCUGCACCUAAUGGUUUUAAGGCCCCUACUGUACUCGUCCAUCCAACUACAGCCAACUCAACGGUGUAUGGGCGGUUGUUCUAAGAAUCGUCCCGAAGAUGAUUUGCAGUCUGACAGUUGCGGCCUUCUUUGACAGUGUAGCGUAUGUCAUCGGUGAUACCCAUCCAGAGGGGAGUCUGUGUAACUUCCAGGCCUGGUGGCUCACUUAUUUUGACUGGAGUGCCUUGGCCUGGGUGUGCCUGAUCACAGUGAACCUCUACCUUAACCUGGUCAAAGAGAUGAGCACCAGCCGCUACGAGCUACUGUACCACCUGAUGGCCUGGGGGGUGCCCCUGGUGAUGGCCUCCCUGCCCCUGUUCAGUGGAUACUACGGCCCAGCAGGAGCCUGGUGCUGGAUCACAGGCAACCACGUAGCUUGGAGAUUUGGGAUAUGGUACGUCCCACUCUUCACCCUCAUCUUCCUCAUGAUCUGCUGCUACGCCAGAAUAAUCUACGUAGCCAAUGAGAGGAUGCAGUCGUGGUUUGGCACCUUCAACCCAGAGAGGGAGAGGAGAAAGGUGUCUUUGGCUGAGGAGAUAAAGCCGUUGAAGUGGUAUCCAUCCGUUUAUCUCCUGGUGUCUCUGUUCCCCCUCAUCAACAGGCUCCAUAAUGCGUUCUACCCCCAGGAUCCAGUGUUCUCUCUUACUUUGCUCCAUGUCCUUUCAGCCCCUCUCCAUGGCUUGGCCAACGCAUUCGUCUUUGGCCUGGACAGAGACACCUGGAGCCAGCUCAGUCCUACAGGCAUACAGUUGGCGCUGCAGUCUCGGCUGUGUGACAGGACGCGUAUCAGGGAGUACCAUCCUGGGGCGGUGCACUACACACAGGCUGAGCUGGGGGACUUCAGUGACGAGGAUGAUGAUGACACCAACGUCCUUUUCUACUCCCCUGACAUGACCCUGAAAGACAGAGGACCCUAAGAGAGAGAGAGAGACAGACAGACAGACAGACAGACAGACAGACAGACAGACAGACAGACAGACAGACAGACAGAGCAAGAGAUUAAUUCUGAGGGAGGAAGAGAGAAAGUGAGCAAAGGAGGGAUAGUGAGGGGUUUCUGUGGUAGAUAUGUCAGGAUCCAUUAUUAAUCCACAUCCUUUACUAUUUAAUAACCUCCAACUACACACACACACACACACUAUCCUGCCUUUCUGUCUGACUUACACAGCAUCGUAACAGAACCAGCGAAGCAGCUAUAGUGCUUUAAACAGCCUUCAAACAUAAUGCUACACACUAGCCUGGGUGCCAGUCUGACUCUGCUUCAGUCCUAGUCAACAACUGCAGAGCUGGCUAAGGAAACAACAGACUGUCCUGGUACCCAGGCUAGCAUAUCACUAGUCCCAAGGGGCUUCCUCUACUCACCUCCUUUCCUUCAUCUGCACUGAUCUGAAAAGACAGCAUAGGUGAAAGCAAAAUGUGUGUUUAAUGUUCAAAGGGGAGGAAAACAGUUAAGACUAUUGACAUGUACCCAGGUACUGCAUAGUCACUUGACUUACAGGGCUCUCCAUGUUAUUUUUACAUUCACAUGUUUUUGUCAUUUAGCAGAUGCUCUUAUCCAGAGCGAUUGGAGUUGAGUGCCUUGCUCAAGGACACAUCGACAGAUUUCUCACUAAGUCGGCUCGUGGAUUUGCACCAGCGACCUUUUCGGUUACUGGCCCAACACUCUUAACCUCUAGACUACCUGCUGCUUAUGCUGUUAGCUUGUGUUUAUUCUGUUAUUUAUGGCUUCUUUUUCAUACUGUAUGACUACUGUUAGCAAAUCCCUCCCAAGAACAUGUUUCGAUCACAAUAAUGCCCAGCAAUAUAUGUGACCUACUGAGCUCUGAGGGUUAUAACACAACGCAAGUUAAACAAGUUAGCUAGCUAACUUACCUGAAUAUUCUGAUAUAACUUUUUAUUUUUUAGAAAGAUAAGCUUGAAAUGGGCAUGGUCUAAUUGACUCGACAACCAAAACGCAAAACUAAGUUUAGCUUUCUUAAUUAACCAGAAAAUCAGUAGUUAUUUCUGGUUGUUUAUCAGUUAGCAGGCUAACUCAUUGAUCUUGCUUUGUAGUAUAACCCUCUGGUGCUAAUGCUACAGUAGCUGACCAUACAGCUUUUCUAACUCAACUCAACAUGCAACUCAACUCAACUCAACAUGCAUAAAAGGCCUCCAUUCAGACAGAUAAAUGGAGGGAGGGAAAAAUGCAAAGAAGGGGAGGAAGUGAAGAGAUAUCUUAGAACAAUUCAUGUCCCAACGAUAGCUGGGGAUUUAAAUGAACAAAAUCCAGUAUUUGAACUGCUUAACUUCUAUCAUAUCUGUUGUUGUCUUUACAUAUGGCGUUACUAAUGUUGCUACUCUUGUAAAAUGUCCAUUGCUUUUCAUACUUUUAUGCAUCUGUAUGUUGUUUUUCCAUGAAAUGCUGUGGUCUGCCCACAGGUUUGAGUUUGUUUGAUAAACUGUUAUACUGUAUUUAUAAGAGACAAUGUACUGUAUAUAUAUUAGUGUAUACGCUAUAUUUUUGUACGGAUGCUUUUGAAUGGAAUGUGAGAAGGUUAAUUUGACCCCUAAAUGGUCUCCAUGUCCUCCUGUUUAGGCCUCAAUGGGGGUGGAAGCAGUACAAUUGAACACACACACUUUCUUAAAACACUCUUUCUUUGAUGCCUGUCUCACACAAAUGCAUGUACACUCACACACUCACACACACACUUUGACACACAGUCACCUGUCUCUUUGAUGUAGCGGCUGCCACAAGGACAGUAGGAGCCUCUGACGGCCUGUCAUUUACCUUCGACACUAUGUCAUUGGCUGACAUCUAGAGAACCGCAAUGUGAUUAGCAGGCUAUUAGAGGUGCUGUGUGGUUGACGGGCUGAUGAAAAGAGAGAUGUGAUUUUGCUGAACAUCCUGACAAGGAUGUCGCUCCUUUCCCAAAUCAACCCCCGUAGCCCCAGUGCACUUAUGGAGAACUGGAUAGCUAUUAGUGAAACAGUCAUCUACACAAGUGCAUAGGAGAUAUGGGGCAAGGGGUCCAUUUGGGAUUGCGCAUAUAGACCUAACACAGAAUCCUAUCUACACAUAAUUAUACAGUCCCCUCUCAAACCACGUACAAUCGCUGCACCAAUACUAGUUUAGGCACACUUCUAUUGUUCUGUUUCACUCCAUCUAAUAAACAAGCAGGAUACACAUUUCACAA